AUGGUUAUUGCCAAUAUUACUGCCGAUAAUAACGGCAAUUGCAAGAAAGAUGGAAGAAAUACAGUAUUUAAUAAAUUAAGCAUAGACAAAAUGGAUCUAAAAGAUAAACGCGUUUUAAUGAGAGUAGAUUUCAACGUGCCUGUGAAAGAUGGCAAAAUCGGUAGUAAUGAAAGAAUUGUCGCUUCUAUGGAAAGUAUAAAAUACGCUUUGGAUAAGCAAGCGAAAUCUGUGGUUCUUAUGUCCCACUUGGGUAGACCAGACGGUAAAAAAGGUGAAAAAUUCACUUUAAAACCUGUUGCUGAAGAACUGAAGAAAUUAUUAGAGAGGGAUGUUACAUUUUUACCCGAUUGCGUAGGACCAGAAGUAGAGAGUAAAUGCAAGGAUCCUGCCAAAGGAAGCGUUAUUUUACUGGAAAAUUUAAGAUUUCAUAUAGAAGAAGAAGGAAAAGGUAAAGAUGAUAAGGGUAACAAAAUCAUAGCUGACAAAGGAAAAGUUAAGGAAUUUCGGAAAAAUUUGGCUAAGUUAGGUGACGUAUAUGUUAAUGAUGCAUUUGGUACAGCCCAUCGAGCCCAUAGUUCUAUGAUGGGUGAAGGCUUUGAAAAGCGUGCAUCUGGCUUUCUUAUGGCGAAAGAAUUAAAAUAUUUCUCUAAAGCUUUACAUAACCCACCAAAACCUUUCCUGACUAUACUUGGCGGAGCUAAAAUAUCCGAUAAAAUACCCAUGAUCAUGCAUAUGUUAGAUAAAGUAAAUGACAUGAUUAUUGCAGGCGGUAUGGCAUUCACGUUCCUUAAAGUGUUAACCCAGAUGGAAAUUGCAGACUCUUUGUUCGACGAAAAAGGCUCUAAAAUAGUGAACGAUAUUUGCAAAAAAGCUGUUGAAAAAAAUAUUGAAAUUUAUUUACCAGUCGAUUUUGUAUGCGGUACGAAAAAAGCUGAGGAUGCCGAGGCUUGCAUUGCUACCGUUGAAUCAGGUAUACCCAAGGGACAUAUGGGAUUAGAUAUUGGUCCAAAGACGCAGCAUUUGUUUCAAAAAAACAUAUGCGCAGCUAAAUUGAUUAUGUGGAAUGGACCUCCUGGCGUUUUUGAAAUUGACCUUUUUGCUAAAGGGUCAGAAGCUGUAAUGGAUGCUAUAGUGUCUGCAACCAAAAGUGGAGCGACUUCGAUUAUUUGUGGCGGCGAUACAGCUUCAUGCUGCAAAAAGUUUAAAACGACCGAUAAGGUGUCACAUGUCUCCACAGGGGGUGGGGCUUCUUUAGAAUUACUAAAGGGUAAAACUUUACCGGGUGUUCAAGCACUAAGUGAUGCCUAG